GCAUAUUUAUGUACCUUUUUUUACUUUACAAAUUAACUUGAUUUACGUUUAAUGAAUUAUAUUAUAUGUAUUUUGAAAUACAAAUAAACUAUUAAAAGUGAAGGUGGAAGUUUGGUGGACGAGUUGAGUUUUUUCAGGACUGCACCAGGGGGCGCAACAACACGCAUGCUGCUACAUGGAGAAGUGUCACGGUAAUGGAGUUAAACACAGCCACUUCAACUCGGUCCAGGUGAGCUCAAAAGGGAAAUAAAGGCAAAACGUCGUCGUCAACAAAGACAAACAAGCCAACGGAAGACAACAAGGAUGGAGAGGAUGGCGCAGGCCCCCUAUUAGCCCCAACAGCCGCAAUGUCCUUGAAAAAACAACAGAUUCUGCUGGCUGAAGCAAAGAAGAAUGAAGAGGCAAUGUCAAAAACAGUUGCUGACCUGAAAGAAGAAAGGGACAGUCUUCUAAAACAAUUAGCCAAAUCAGGAAAUCCUCAGCAGGCGGUAAGAAGAUACAGAAAGAUUUUGCAGCAGUACAGGAGGGGGAAAAAUCUUCAUGCUGCCUACAAAGCCAUCAGUGUAGAUAGAAACACUGUAGUGGCCAAUGCUCCCAUUGCAGAGCUUGCUAUUGUGGCACCUCAAGAGUACAGUAAGCUGUUAGAGGGUUACUCGCGACAAGAGAAACUGCAGGUGUUUGCAAAGAAGUGCAUGGAUGCACAGUUGUUGACCACUGUGGAAAUGUACAAAAAGAAAAACAAACUUUUACCUUUAAUGAAAAGAAAAUAAGAAGGUUGUUUUUUUUUUUAUUUGCUACAACUGCCAACACUCUUGAAUUAGGAAUUAGAAGUUGUGCAUAAGAGUCAAAUUAGCACUUUCUAGGGAACAUUUGCUUUGGUAAGACCCUCUGUGUUUUGUUUUAAAAUUUUUGAAAAGAGGGAGUAAAAAUAUUUGUUACUUUGUGUUACAGAGUAAAGAACUACAGUGUGAUUAUUCAGUUGCUUUUUUUGGUUUAUUCAAUAAAGUUCUGAUUACUCUGUUA